AUGGGCAUCAUCAAGAUUCGAGCCAAUAAACCCACUCAGGAUUCCAAAAUGGGAAUCAAGUAUCUUAGUGAUGGUGUUGGGAUGACCAUCACAGGAAUCUUUGAAAACAGCAUCUUUGAAUCGACGAAUCUGAAGGUCGGUCAUGAAGUCAUCAGAAUCAAUGACUCCUCCGUGUAUGGAAAGCCCAUGGAAUGGAUCCGCCUCAAGCUCGCUUCCAUUGAAGGUGAAGUGGAGCUCGAUGUUAAAGUGAACGAGGAUACUAAGAAUUAUAUUCAGAUUCGAGCUACAAAGCCUUCUCCGGACUCCAAACUUGGCAUCAGAUAUGUUCCCGGAGAAACAAGUGUGGUAAUCACUGGCAUCAUGGAGGACAGUAUCUUUUCAUCGACAGCGCUGAAAGUUGGUCAUGAAAUCUUCCUGAUUAAUGGAACCCCAGUUGCCGGAAAUGGUAGGGAUUGGGUUGCAUCCAUGCUUUACUCCAUACCGGAUACGAUAGUCUUUGAUGUCAAGAACACCUGGACUGCCGGCGUGAAACUCAUAUCAGUUGGUAAAAAAGCUCCUACCGGAAAUACUCGGGUUGGAAGCAGUGACGAUAGAGUUCGAAUUCUCCUUCGAUGUGUUCUUGAUGCAAGUCGCUCUGAGCCGCCACUUUUCUUUGUUGGUCAUGGAAUUCCCAUUGACGAGUGGGAAAGAAUCUAUGACAUUAUUGAAGGUGAUUUGGUCCCGGCCAUUGCCGAGUCACGCCUUAUUGAUGAUGUCAUGCGAAAGGAGAUGGGUGUCUACAGAAGCAAACAAAUUGUCAAGGGUUAUAUGGAUAUUGGUGAAUCCCAACACGAGGCGAAGGUUUUCAAAAUGACUCAAUCGGCAUCGGCCAUGGCGGACACUUGCACUCUAGUUGCGACGAAUGUGUUGUCCCAUGUAUCUUCCAUCAUGGCACCUUACAGUGUCCGUUGCGAAAUCGAUCUCGAAAGCUACGAAUUACCAAAGUAUUCCGAUAUCAAGCAAAAGCAAGCAUUCCAAGCAAAACGAGUCAACGGCAUCAAAUUCAUUCCAAUUGUUCAGCGUACCAUACCCGAUGCAACUACAGUCCCUCCACUGGCAGUGGCAGAGUUGGCCCUAUAA